UGAACUUUCAGGUACUAAACUUUCAGGCACUGAAUCUUCAGAUAGUGAAUCUUCAAGUCAAUCUUCUAGUGAAGAAAAUAAUUGGGUAGACGAACUAUUUGAACCCAAGUUAAACAUGUAUACUUUAAUGCUUGAUGCUGCAUAUAAACCUGAUGCAUUUAAAAAAACUUUCCGAAAUGGAUUUUAUAUUGGAAAUGCAAAAUCAUCUAUGUGA